AUGUUCUUUGAUGGUAACACUGUCAGUAAAGGUGACGAUGAUGAUGCUCAUAGCAGCCUAAAGUGUCCCUGUCUAUGCUUGGGAAACCUGUCAGUAUCUCAGCCUUCGUGCCUCGUUCGGAUGGCGUGGCACCUAGGUACCGAAAGGGUUUAUCGGCUGAAAGAUUACUAUAUUACUAAUAGUAUACAAACGCAGACCAAAGCUGUAUCAUACCGAAAUACACACAUUUUCAAACAAAUUUGGUUUUGCGAGAGACUCAACUGUAACCCAGCUGAAUCUCUCGUUUGUGAUGUUUCCGAGCAACUGAAUGUGCUGCACCAGACUGCCUCAUGUUUCAGUCCCUACGAUAUUCGAGAUAUGGCGAUACAUGUUGCUGAAAAUUCGUCAACAGCCCACGAUCAGUUUCGCCCUUCUUGGGACUCAUCAGGUAGGCGCAGUCCCAGAGUUUCCGUCAACCUUAUGUUCUACUUGAAAUCAAAUUGCACGAAAUUAGCGAAAUACACUCAUUUGCAAACUAAUUUGAUUUUUCGAGGGACUCACCUGGAACCCAGCUGA